UUAAUCUGCACAGGAAGUGUGGCAUUUAGAGACUAGGUUCAGGAUUUAGUUUUGAUUGGCUGAGGUGAGAGGCGCGGCUUCAACCUUAGACUAUGAUUGGUCGGAACUUAAUGAGGUUGCAGGAUUGGUGAAUGAGCUUCUGAGGUAGACGGAAGUGUGGGCCACCGAAGUCCUUGGUUACACAGUGACUGGAAGCGUGGCUGUGUACACGGCACACAGGACUUAGAGGGAGCAUCUGGAAAUAUUGGGUCCCAACAGAUUUGACAACCGUAUCUGGGCCAUGGCGGACUCGAAGCUGCUGGUGCCCGAGCUAAGCGAGGCAGAGAAGAUGGGCGCCGAGACCGCGCGUUUCGAGGAGCUAUUGCGGCAGGCCUCCCAGGAGCUCCAGCAAGCCCAGACGAGCAGACCAGAAUCCACACAGAUCCAACCUCAACCCGGUUUCUGCAUAAAGACCAACUCCUCCGAAGGGAAGGUGUUCAUCAACAUCUGUCACUCUCCCUCCAUCCCCCCUCCGGCUGACAUGACCGAGGACGAGCUGCUUCAAAUGCUGGAGGAAGACCAAGCCGGGUUCCGCAUCCCCAUGAGCCUGGGAGAGCCUCAUGCGGAACUGGACGCAAAAGGCCAGGGUUGUACCGCCUACGACGUAGCGGUGAACAGCGACUUCUACCGGAGGAUGCAGAACAGCGAUUUCUUGAGGGAGCUCGUGGUCACCAUCGCCAGGGAGGGCCUUGAGGACAAAUACGGUCUGCAGCUGAAUCCAGAGUGGCGCAUGCUGAAGAACCGACCUUUCCUGGGCUCCAUCUCCCAGCAAAAUAUCCGCUCCCAACAGCGUCCUCGGAUCCAGGAGCUGGGAAACCUGUACACCUCCGACUCCCCGAGACCUCAGGAAGGCCCUGAGAAACCUCAGCUGAACCUUUGGCUGGAAGCCCCUGACCUCCUCUUGGCUGAAAUGGACCUCCCCAAACUGGAUGGAGCUCUGGGGCUGUCGCUGGAGAUCGGGGAGAACCGCCUGGUGUUGGGGGGCCCUCAGCAGCUGUACCAUCUGGAUGCUUACAUCCCCCUGCGGAUCAACUCUGAGGAGAGCAAGGCAGCCUUCCAUCGGAAGAGAAAGCAAUUGAUGGUGGCCAUGCCCCUCCUGCCGGUGUCUUCUUGACCGGGUUUCUUUCCGUGCUUCUAAGUGGAGAGAAGAGGCUGGUGGCAUUGGAAAUAAAAGAUGUUUGUCUUUGU